AUGUCUUCUACACACUGGAUGGCUUCUUCUCCUCCACCCGAACCCCCUGUGGAGGAAAAGCCAGAUCCAAUGCCUAAACCAACUCUACAACUUUCAUCUUUGCCGCCCAUAUUUGUUUCAGAGUCACAUCUGGAUACCUGCGAACUGCAUGAACUGGAAGAUGAGGUCGUCGAGGCUGGAGGUCUACUCUCAUACGACCUGAAAGAAGCAAAGAUCGUUCUAACCAAAGCGGAACGGAAGAGGCGCAUUCAGCUAGACCUGCGAUCAAAAGGAUGUUACACUGAAGAGGUCGAGAUAGUCAAAGACACUAAUACCUCGGAUUUUGCCUCAGGAGAGCCUGGCGCUAAGAAGCAGAGAAUUUUCCAAGCAGGAAGCACUGGCAAGGGCGAGGCAGAGGAAUCGGCUAUUCACGAUGUCAGCACUGAAUCAGACACCGAGGACGAGUCAAGGCCUGUAAAGCGUAAGCGCAAGCAGUCUCCUGUCAAUCAAGACCCAAACGAUGCAUACUUCUCCAAUUCUUACAUCAAGGUUCUGAGGCUGCAAUGGUUUGUCGAUUGUCGGAAGCAAGGCACUAUUGUUCCCAUCGAACCAUAUCUACUCUACCAAGGACGUCGUGUCGAGAAAUCUGACGAUAUAAGCACACCUGUCAAAGGUUCCAGCUUCACAGCUCAAUCUAAAACGCCACAGUCUAUCUUGGAGCGCGCAAGAGCAGAUGGUGAGACGGACAUAUCUUCGCCGGUCCAGCAACGUAGCGCCCGCAAACUCGGUCAAAUUGGUGGAGGUAGAGUCUCUGCACCUUUUCAACCUACACCUCACACCAAAAGAGCCCAUCUGUUGCACCAAACGACCUCAGAGCACGACCUUGGUCAAUCGAGUGACCUUCCGGAGAUGCCACCAUGGGUACAAAACGUCGUCAAAUACGCCUGUCAACGGUCAACUCCAGCUGAUCCGCCGAAUGCAUCCUUCAUCGCCCAGCUCGAGAAGAUCAAACUGGCUAGAUUACUUACAGGCGAUGAGAUAGGCGUGCGGGCCUACAGCACCAGCAUCGCUUCGUUAGCAGCCUAUCCGUACAAGCUCAGCACCGCACGAGAAAUCAUGCACUUGCCUGGCUGCGACGCCAAGAUAGCGAAUCUCUACGUCGAAUUCGCAAAUUACGGCAAGAUUCAAGAGGCAGAAAAUGCAGAAAACGACGAGGGAUUGAAGAUCCAGAGGCUGUUCUACAACAUCUGGGGCGUAGGAGCUACAACAGCAAGAGACUUUUACAAAGAGAAAGGUUGGAGGGAUCUGGACGAUGUGGUUGAAUACGGCUGGAGUACAUUGACACGGGUCCAACAGAUUGGUGUGAAAUUCUACGACGAAUUCCUCCUUCCCAUUCCUCGCUCAGAAGUCGAAGAUAUCGCGUCAACCAUCCAUCAGCAUGCCGUCAAAGUCCGCGACAAGGGCAUGCAAAGUCUAGUAGUUGGAGGCUACCGGAGAGGCAAAGAAAACUGUGGAGAUGUGGAUAUUAUCCUGUCUCACCCAGACGAAGACCAAACGCUGCAUAUCAUCACCGAUAUCGUAGCGAGUUUGGAAGAAGAGAGUUGGAUCACACAUACCCUACUCAUCAGCACGACGACUAGUAAUCGUUCGCAGCAGACACUUCCUCUCAACUCCUCUUCGGCGCAUGGUCAUGGAUUUGAUUCAUUGGAUAAAGCACUCGUGGUCUGGCAGAACCCUCGCUUUGAUCCUGGUCCCUCGGAUACCAAGAAGAAAAACACAAACCCUCACCGCAGAGUCGACAUUAUCAUUGCGCCUUGGAAAACCAUUGGCUGUGCAGUCAUGGGGUGGUCGGGAGGCACGACGUUCCAGCGCGAUUUACGUCGCUACGUCCGACAGACGUACAACUACAAAUUCGACUCUUCUGGUGUCAGGAAUAGGAGGACUGGGGAUGUGGUUGAUGUGGAUGGGAAAGCGGAUACUAUGGAACAGGCAGAAAAGAACGUCUUUGGUGCCUUGGGUUUGGAGUACAGAGAGCCAUGGGAAAGAUGCACAGGAUAA